CUCUGUGCCUACAGUACGCUCAAACCUGAGACAUGGGAAUUUGUCACUGACACCCAGCAACCUACCAGAUACACAAGCAGCACCCUAUCUGGACUAUCAGCAGCACCCUAUCUCCCUCCUGACUGAUACAGUUCCCAUUGUACUCCAGUCAUGGCGACUUCAGUCAGCGCUCAGUUAUGCAAGGGAGUGAAAAAGAUGUACAUGGACCUGCCUCAGGGAGAUAAAGUCCAGGCUAUGUACAUAUGGAUUGAUGGAACAGGAGAAGGACUACGCUGCAAGACACGAACCCUUGACUCUGAACCCAAGAAUAUUGCAGAUCUGCCUGAGUGGAAUUUUGAUGGCUCUAGCACAGAUCAAGCAGAAGGAUCGAACAGUGACAUGUAUUUGAUACCGGUGGCCAUGUAUAGAGACCCAUUCCGGAGAGACCCCAACAAGCUGGUGCUCUGUGAGGUGCUGAAAUACAACAGAAGUUUAGCAGAAUCCAACCUACGAAACAGCUGUAAAAAGGUCAUGGACAAGGUGGCAAAUGAACACCCAUGGUUUGGGAUGGAACAAGAAUAUACGUUGCUUGGGACGGACGGACAUCCAUUUGGGUGGCCCUGUAAUGGCUUCCCAGGACCUCAAGGUCCAUAUUACUGUGGUGUGGGAGCGAAUAAUGCCUAUGGCCGGGAUAUUGUGGAGGCUCAUUAUCGGGCUUGUCUGUAUGCUGGUAUAAAAAUUGCAGGAACAAAUGCAGAAGUCAUGCCAGCACAGUGGGAGUUCCAGGUAGGUCCCUCUGAAGGGAUUGAUAUGGGGGACCAACUCUGGAUUGCCCGUUUUAUUCUGCAAAGAGUAAGUGAGGACUUUGGAGUUGUGAUUUCAUUUGACCCCAAACCCAUCCCUGGAAACUGGAAUGGAGCUGGUUGCCACACAAACUUCAGCACACAAAAAAUGCGUGAAGAUGGAGGCCUCAAGUACAUCGAAGAAGCCAUUGAACGUCUUUCUAAGCGCCAUGAAGUUCACAUUCGAAACUAUGACCCCAAGGGGGGAUCAGACAAUGCUCGCCGGUUGACAGGCUUGCAUGAAACUGCCAACAUCAAUGAGUUUUCUGCAGGAGUGGCAAACCGUGGAGCAAGUAUUCGCAUUCCCCGUCAUGUUGGGCAAGAGAAGAAAGGCUACUUCGAAGACCGACGUCCAUCAGCCAACUGCAACCCUUAUGCUGUGACAGAAGCCUUGAUUAGGACCUGCGUGCUGAAUGAAACUGGAGAUAAACCUACUGAAAAUAAGAACUAAAUAGAAAAGAUAGCUAGUGAUAGCUACUACUCCUAAGCCUUUUAGCCAGUACUGUUUCUAUCCUCUACAUCUAUGCCUAAGUCAUGUAAUUCCAUGUCUUGAAAAGUCAUCAGAUGGGCACAUUGUUAGCAGUGGGGUAGAGUAGGCCACUGAACUCUCUCCUUAAUUUAAUUUAGUGUGGUCCUAUUCUGUGCUAUGCCAUAACACACAAAACAAGUUUUAUAUAUGACACUUAUUAGUGUAUCAGUGAAAUUCCUUAUUUAGGGCACAAGAUAGAAACAGGUCUGCCCACAGCACUUUACUUCCACUGAGGCCAAAAGUGAGGUCAAUUAAGAACUAUGGAGGUGAUGUAUCAAGCCUUCUAAUGCAUGGAGAAGUUUGCCAUAGUAACCAGUCAGCUUCAAGAUAGCAUUUAUCAAGUACAUAUACAGUAUAAAAUGAUAGAACUUUAUUGGUUGCUAUGCCCACUUCUCCAUUGUUUAAAAUGAUACAUCUCCCCCUAAAUUGAGUUUACGGUAAUGGUGAGGGCACCAGAAAAUAAAUGAAGUCUCUGUAGGCAUGUGCCCCAUUUCUAUAUCAUCUAGAAAGCAUGUCCAAGAUAUUUAAGAAAACACAGUUCUUUAACUCUUAAGAAAUAUUGGAGCAAAAUGACUUGUUCUUAGCCUUUAGAUAAGGCAGAAAAAGAUAUAUAGGAAUUAACAAAGGGUCCAGGGCCAGUGGGAAGCUGCUUAUUGUCUCGCUGUGCUCUGUGAUAACCACUAAUAAAAGAUAGGAGGGGAUCUUAAAUUUGCCCCUUAUGCCAUGUACAAUGUCGUUUGACACGUUCUAGACUCAUUCUACUGGUCAGCUGACAUUUAUACAAAUAGAGCAGGAUACAGUCUAGUCUCUCAUAUGAUCCAGGGGUCUUUUAAUAUGGUCAGGGGUCUUUGGCUGUUUUUACACAGUUGUUCCUGAUCAUGAUAAUGUUGUCAUUUUGUUCUGUUCUUGUAGUAUUUUUCUAUUUAGAUGUAAAUUUUGUCUACUGAGCGAGGUGAAAGACAAUAUAUCAAGAUUUUUGGAAUAAAAAUAAUAGUACUAAAAAAUUGUCAAGGUUAAUGUUGGUGCUAAACAGUAAGGGUGGCAGAUUGGCUUGGGUACGAUGGGGCAGUGAAUAACGUGGUACAGUAUGUGAUAAUCAUGUGCAACCCUUGAUAGAUCAGUGUUCUGAAGCCAUCACUGGGUUAAACGCAAGAAGAAUUCUGCUAAUAUUCUAGUGACAACCCAGAAACAUGAAAUUGAGACAGUUUGGAUUUCCAGUGGCAUUAAAAUGGAGUCAACUUGUAAUGUUUGCAAACCUGUUACGUGCAUCUUCUUUGUAUUGUAUUGUCCUGUUUCCUUUUUUUUAAUAAGGGAUCUAACUUGCCAAUCUGUGAAAUUUGUCCAUUUCAACUUGUACAAGAUCAUGUUUGGUUUAUUAAUAGACACAUGGAAAGAUUUUGGAGCAAUAAGGGCUGGGCUAAUAUUUAACCUUUGCUCUUAAUUUAGAUUUGCUAUAUACCACUGCCUAACAUGCACUGAUGAUUUACAUAUCAACAGUAAUCAGUGCUCUGUAGAGAAAAAUAUGUUUUCCCCCAUGAUUCUAAGUAAGAUUUAUACGCACACACAAAACAAAAAAAACAACUUGUCCUUGUUUGUUAAUGGGUCUUGGGUAUUAAUGGCAGGUUAGGUUUUACUGCUUGUUACUUGCAUCUCAUUCUGACAUAGUUAUGUUUUAAAAAAAAUAGAUUUUGUUUUUCUUUUUAUAAUAAAAAAAAUACAUCUGGA